GAGCGGAGGCGGCGGCUGCUGGCGGCCGUUUCCUGGUGGCCUGGCGGCGGCGCGGGAGGGAGGAUGCGGCGCAGGUCUCGGCUGCUGCUCUGCUUCGCCUUCCUCUGGGUGCUGGGCAUCGCCUACUACAUGUACUCGGGCGGCAGCGCCGCGCUGGCCGGCGGCGGCGGAGGCGGCAGGAGGAAGGACGACCCAAAUGAUAUCGACCCCAAAAGGAAGGAAGUGCGUGGCAAUGAUGUGGAGGACAAGGGACAAAGUGUGGAGACACUACCUCCAGGGAAAGUUCGGUGGCAAGACUUUGAUCAGGACGCCUACAUUGGUGCUACCGUGGUGCGAUCGGGCCAGGAUCCAUACGCACGGAAUAAAUUCAAUCAGGUGGAGAGUGACAAACUGCGAAUGGACCGCAGCAUUCCUGACACCAGGCAUGAUCAGUGCCAGCGGAAACAGUGGCGGAUAGACUUGCCAGCCACUAGUGUGGUGAUCACCUUUCAUAACGAGGCAAGGUCUGCUUUGCUUCGAACUGUUGUCAGUGUCCUUAAAAAAAGUCCAUCACAUCUUAUUAAGGAAAUCAUACUGGUGGAUGACUACAGUAAUGAUCCUGAUGAUGGGGCUCUCUUGGGAAAAAUUGAAAAAGUACGGGUUCUUCGGAAUGAUCGGCGAGAAGGCCUGAUGCGCUCCCGUGUCAGAGGGGCAGAUGCAGCACAAGCCAAAGUGUUGACCUUCCUGGAUAGUCACUGUGAGUGCAAUGAACACUGGCUGGAACCACUUUUGGAAAGAGUAGCUGAGGACAAGACCAGAGUUGUGUCUCCUAUUAUUGAUGUAAUUAAUAUGGACAACUUCCAGUACGUGGGGGCGUCAGCUGAUUUAAAAGGCGGUUUUGACUGGAAUCUUGUAUUCAAGUGGGAUUACAUGACACCAGAGCAAAGAAGAGCACGACAAGGAAAUCCAGUUGCUCCCAUAAAGACACCCAUGAUAGCUGGUGGAUUAUUUGUGAUGGACAAAUCCUAUUUUGAAGAACUAGGAAAGUAUGACAUGAUGAUGGAUGUUUGGGGUGGAGAAAACCUAGAGAUCUCAUUCAGAGUUUGGCAAUGUGGUGGGAGCCUAGAAAUCAUCCCUUGCAGCAGAGUGGGUCACGUAUUCCGCAAACAGCAUCCCUACACAUUUCCCGGUGGGAGUGGCACUGUGUUUGCCCGAAAUACACGCAGAGCAGCAGAAGUCUGGAUGGAUGAGUAUAAAAAUUUCUAUUAUGCAGCAGUGCCUUCAGCCAGGAAUGUACCUUAUGGCAAUAUUCAAAGCCGAAUGGAGCUCAGAAAGAGACUUAGCUGCAAACCCUUUAAGUGGUAUCUUGAAAAUGUUUAUCCUGAGUUACGGGUACCUGAUCAUCAAGAUAUAGCCUUUGGGGCUUUGCAGCAGGGUACCAAUUGCCUUGACACUUUGGGCCAUUUUGCAGAUGGUGUUGUUGGAGUUUAUGAAUGUCAUAAUGCCGGGGGAAACCAGGAAUGGGCCUUAACAAAGGACAAGUCAGUGAAACACAUGGAUUUGUGCCUUACUGUUGUGGACAGAGCUCCUGGUUCACUAAUAAAACUUCAGGGCUGUAGGGAAAACGACAGCAGACAGAAAUGGGAACAAAUUGAAAGCAAUUCUAAACUGAGGCACGUUGGCAGCAACCUCUGUCUAGACAGCCGAAAUGCCAAAAAUGGUGGUCUCACCGUUGAGAUCUGCAAUCCUUCUUUGUCACAGCAGUGGAAAUUCACACUUAAUCUGCAGCAGUAGAAGGACUUACAAGCAAAGUGCUGUUUCAACUGAAAAACAUUGGGCAAAGUUUUGAUUGAAUUACUGAUGUAUUUCUUAAAACUUUCCACGGAACUUAUAUACCUCAGUAUUCCACCUUUAUCUGAAAGUAGAGUGCUGAAGCAGACACCAGGGAUCCAGGGGACUCGGAGCACUGCAAAGAUGUCACUGAGCAUUACUUCACAGGAAGAAGGAAUUGUGCUGCAGACUUGAACUGUUCCUUUCUGUCUUCAGCUGCUACUUGCACAGCAGAUAAUUAACUCUAGGAACAACUGACGUAUUGUAAACAAAAGGAUCUGAAGAAACAUCUGUGGGGAACA